CCACCGCCGCCGCCAUCGUCAUGAGCGUGGCGCUGCGUAACGCGCAGAAGGUCGUGCCGGUGCGUCGGGCCCCGCUCCGCCGGGCCGUGUGCGCCCUGCGGGCCGCCCUGGGCGCCUCCCGCUUCGACGUGGGGCUCGUCUGCGCUGGCAACGGGCUGAUGCGGCGUCUCAACGGCGCGUACCGGCAGCGCCCAGAGCCCACCGACGUCCUCUCCUUCCCCUUCCACCAGGUGGCGGCAGGGGAGCUGCCGCGGCCGCGCCGCCGCGACGAGUACAACUUGGGGGACAUCUUCCUGGGGGUGGAGUACAUUCACCAGCAGUGCCGCGCCACCGGGGAGGACUUCGACAGCGUCCUGGUGGUGACAGCAGCCCACGGGUUGUGCCAUUUGCUUGGCUACCAGCACAACACAGAAAGCAGCUGGCAGCAGAUGUACCAGAAAGAGGUGGAGAUCCUGGAGGAGCUGAACCGGCUCAUGGGCACCAACCUCCGGCCUCUGACCGCGGGCCUCUUCUGAGGGAGGCACCGCGUGGCCGCCGCUUCCCGGCCAUGCACCGAGGGGCUGGGCCGCUGCUGGGGCCGCCCCGGAUGCGGCACAGCACGGGGAUGGUGGUGCAAGGCCUCGGCUGCUUCCUGCUGCUGCUGGGCCUGGCCACA